CCGGGCCCCGGGCUGGGCGGCGCGUCCAGCCGGAGCCGGGCCAUCCCCCCGCGGGCCGGGGCCCCGGGCCACGCCGCCGCACAGCUACCUCACCACUACUGCACCACGCCCGGGGGCACCCUCUUCUCCACCACGCCCGGAGGAACCAGAAUCAUCUAUGACCGUAAAUUCCUGUUGGAUCGCCGCAGUUCUCCCAUGGCUCAGACCCCUCCCUGCCAUCUCCCCAAUAUCCCAGGAGUCACCAGUCCCGGCGCCCUGAUUGACGACCCCAAAGUGGAAGUAAACAACUUGAACAGUCAUGACAGGAAGCCAGCAGUGGGGGAUGACGCCCAGUUCGAGAUGGAUAUCUGACGGCCCCGCGAGGGACCGAGGAGCAGCAGCAGACCCCGAAACCCAUGUCUACCCGUUUCGGCAAGCGGGAUCGGCGACUGAAAAGACACACGAGGCCGCCCCAGCGCUCUCCAUCGCAACCGCCGCCUCCCUCUCCGGGUGCCAGAGGAUAGACCGGCUCCCCCUCCGCCAUCUCCCCGGCUCUGCUCCCCUUCCCUCCUCGGUCCGCUCCUGAGGAGUCAAGAGGUCCACGGAGGAAGAGCUGCUCCGUCCGGCCUCUCCCCGGUCUUCGGCAACCGGUCAGCUUCUCCGUACAAGGCCGAAAAUCUACUAUCGUCCCAAAUGGUGUCUCAGUUGCUCUCGACGGCAGGGUCGGCCGGGGGGUGGAGGGGGCCGGGUCUGUGGGUCUGUCAGACGCGGUGUUCAUCUGGACCCUUCCACCCGGUCCCGCCCUCCCCGCACUUGCGUCGCAGGUGUGGAGCCAAGCCCCAUCUUGGCCGCCAGGUAUUUUUGCAUUUGAGUUUCCGGAACCGUCAGGUGACGUGGAAGAGCCACGUCAGGUGACGUGGAAGAGCCAGGAUUCCACCACUCACCGUUUCCUGCCCGGAGAGGCAGAAUCCCCGUUUGCCCCCAGCCCCUUCUCUCCUGGAACACCCUACUGCCGAGCACCCACCUCUGCCCCGGCCCCCUCCCCCCCCCCCCGCCGCCCUGCCUCCUUCCCUCCCUCCGGGUGCCGCGCUCCCUUCCCAUCACCGCCUCCCGCCUUCCUUCCCCUCCCCAAUCCUCUCCCACUCGGGGGAAACGGUUUUAACUUAGUAUCUAGAGCGAACCCUCAUGAUCUUCCCUUCCCUGCCCACCCCCAAACUCCUGCUUGUAGAUACUUAGCCCUUUGCUCCCCAGAAUCGAUCGUGCGACUCUAGUCUUCCCCGAGAUCGAGGAGCGGGUCUGAUGUCGGUCUGGGGUCGCUGCCGGGGCCCACUCCAGGUCGGAGCCCGGUUUGAGAGACCCCUCGUCGGUCGGCCGCCGGUCGGGAGCCCGAGUUGGGGUUUCCGCACCCCGCAGCCUCGAGCGGGUCGGCCCGCGCUGUCCAUUUCUUCCGAUGACCCUCCCGGGUCUCUGGCGGCCAGGGUGACGGGAGUUUUGUAAUUGACACUGGGACUGGCCCUCAAGGGGACCUCUCGGUGUCCCCAUUGCUGUGAUGAGCGUGGCGACGUAGUCUCUUUCAUUCCCACGCUCUCUUUUUCCGUCUCCACAUCAUUCUCUCCUCUCUCCCAGAGAUACCCCCUCUUUCUCAGCCGGUCCUCUCCCAUGCCCUGACAUCAAAGCUACCUUACUGGGGGUUGGUGUCCGCUCCCCUCACUCCCUAGGAGAGUCACUCGCCUAGGAGUGAGGCUAUAUUUUUUAAGAUGCUGACAGACCUUUUUUUCUAGAGAUAUUUUCAGUCCAAAUCAGGACAGCGACUCUUUUUAAGGGAACUUUUUCCAAGGGCAGGGAGAGAACCGGCCUCUCUGUGGGACAGGCGACCGAAACUUCCCCUCCGGCCCCUCUGCUCUGCAGAGCCGUAGGCCGAUCUCCCAACGGACCAGGUUUCCCCGUGUCCUCGACUGUAAGCCUACUCUCUCUGUCCCCCGACUUGGUGUGCACGUUCUGCCUUCCGAACCAACCGGCCGGAGCUGCAUAUUCGUAGCCGGAGCGGAUUUAGUGAAGGCCCGAUCCUUUCUCGUCCUCCCCGUUUCUUCCCAUCGAGCCUCCCUCUUCUCACAUCUUCCGCUUUUAACUUGGUUUCCCCCCUUUUCCUCCUCAGCCUCCCCUUUCCUUUGUCCCUAGAGCCGGCCCGAUGUGGAUUGGGGCGGCUAUGAUGCUGUAUGACAGUUCUCACUAGGGUUAGUACCAGGCAGGGCCUCUCAGUUCUCGGGAUGCGGACUCACGGUCCACCUCAGGUGAAGAAGGAACUCGUUCCUUUUUCUUUGGAGCAAUGAUAAAUAACGUGGAAGUGGAUAGUCAGCACAUGGUCAGCGUUCAGUCAGUUCCAUUGAUAGAAUAGGCAGUUGGGGACCAGGGCAGGUGGCUUGUCUAUGGAACUUGAUUCUUCUGUGUUUUACUUGAAAACGUGAACGGUUCGAGGAGCGAGAUCUUCCCGUAAUGGUGGUGGGUUUGAGGGGGGAUAAGCUCGAUCGGCAGGGAUUGCUUGAGCCUGAGCAUUUAGAGAUGAACAUUUCCGUAAGGGAGAAAUGGUAUCUCUGGCUCCAUUUUAAUAAAAGCCCAUCAAAGUG